ACUUGUAUAGUUUACAGUAGUAUGCAUCCGAAAUUCUCGCAAAUAUAAUUUCAAGAUUUAAAUAUUAUGUCAGUACCUUCAAAUAUAUUUCCUUACAACUUGCAAGUUUAAUAAAACAAUACUGAAUUUUAAACAUUUCAAUUAUAUGGGAAAGCACAAAGGCGGCAAGGGCGGCGUAAUCGUCAACAUCUCAUCCGUGACUGGAUUGUACUCAUCUUGUGAGCUUCCAAUGUAUUUCGCUUCGAAGCAUGCCGUUUUGGGAUUCAGCCAGUCUUUGGCAAGAAUGUAUGACAUAACCAAAAUGCAAGUCGUUGUCAUGUGCCCGGGACCUACAAUAACAAACGUGGUAGGAAUAAAUAUCAGAUCUAGAAUGUUUGACUCUAUUAGCGCUACGGUAGACAACAGCGUUUAUGCUUCUUUGGCAAAGUGGCUGUCUGUGGUACAGACAGUUGAACAUGUGGCACUUUCAGUACUAGGUUUUAUCCAGAAGGGCGAUACCGGAACAGCUUUGGAUCAGGGAAAAUCGUCAGCCGCCAUACGCCGUAAAUUUUCUUCAUUAUUCCAAACGACCUCUGAAUGCAUAAAGUUGAUAUUUGAUGACUUAUCUUACUCUCUCUUUUAAUCAUUUUAAACGACAACUAGCGAAUGUUACAGCAUAUGUGUUGAAAAUUAUAAAAU